UUUCUAGCGGCGGCUACCGCGGCGGCCAUUUUACCGAAACGUUUGGGCAAAAAUAUUUAGUUGCAACGAAAACUAAGCAAAAAAUUAAGCGAAAACGGUAUAAUAAGCAUAAUCAUGGCUGGCGGUAAUACACCGCGUGUGAUCCAGGUGACCAAUAUUGCGCCGCAGGCCACCAAGGAUCAGAUGCAAACUCUAUUUGGGAACAUUGGCAAAAUCGAAGAGAUACGCUUAUACCCGACCAUAAGAGAUGUCUCUUGUCCGGUGCAGUCGCGGAUUUGUUAUGUGAAGUACACGGAUACGACAAGUGUGCCGAUUGCCCAACAUUUGACCAAUACGGUUUUCAUUGAUCGAGCACUGAUUGUUAUCCCAGUGCUGGCCAUACCCGAGGAGUAUCGGGCACUGGAAAUGCUGAAAAAUGGCACCAUAGUACCUGGUCUCCAGAAGCCAGAUUCCAAAUUACCUCCCGAGGUUAUUAAUCGCAUUGAGGGACAAUUACCGCAGCAGGUAAUCAAGACAUAUGAUCCCAAAUUGAUUGAAUUCAAUUUGCCGGAAUAUCCAGCAUUGCCCUCAUUCUACGAUGCGAGGAAAAUUGAAGAGAUCCGUCGUACCAUCAUUGUGUGCGAUGUGAAGAACGAAUGGCGGCUGGAUGAUCUAAUGGAUUGCUUUCAGCGGGCAGGAGAAGUGAAAUAUGCACGUUGGGCGGAGAAGGAUAACAAGACAUAUGGGAUGAUUGAGUUUUGUGAACAAACCAGCAUUAUACAUGCCCUGCGUAUGCAGGGACAGGAAUUCAAAGGCGGCUAUUUGAAUGUGUAUCAUUCAACGUACUCCAUAACCAAGCCGGAGGCGAAAUCCAAUGAAGCAGCACAGGCUGAAAUCGAAGAGGCCAUGACCAUAGUAAAGGAGGCCCAGAGCAUGAUAUCGGCAGCUAUUGAUCCAGUCAUUGGCAUGUUGGCCAAGGAUAAGCGCAGGCGAUCACGUUCACGGUCCCGAUCUCGUGAUCGUCGAACUAGCCGCUCCCGAUCGCAUCGCUCGAGUUCACGACGACGUUCCAGCCGCCGACGCUCGGGCUCCCGCGAACGGCGUAGUGUCUCACGCACGCGUCGCUCCCGUUCGCGCGGUGGUAAGCAUUCAUCUAGAUCACGGAGUAAGCGCUCCAGAUCCCGACAUCGUCGCAGCUCAUCACGUUCUCGUCGCUCACGUUCACGCGGCGGUGGCAGCGGCGGCGGAGGUGGUGGCAGUAGUGGCAAACCAUCACGUUCCUCCCGUUCCCGGGGUAAACGUUCACGUUCCCGUCACCGUUCGCAUUCACGACGCUCACGCUCCCAUGGCACCGGGAAGCGAUCACGCUCGCGUGAGACUAGUUCUCGUUCUAAGAAAUCGCAUCGCGAUAAGCGUUCCUCACGGUCACCCAGAUCUAGAAGCAAACGUAGUUCACCAUCACCUCAGCCGGUAACCUCAAGCAGUAGCAGCAAAUCCCGCAAAGAUGUUAUAUCCAAAUCCACAUCAUCCUCGUCAUCAUCAUCGAGACGUCGUGAUCGUGACCGUGAUCGCGAUCGUGACCGUGAACGCGAUCGUUCGCGUUCUCCGGACUCAAGGAAACUAAAAUCCAUCUCCGAGGAUUUGGAAGUGAAGAGUUCACGCUCUAGCGCCGACUCCAAGUCAAGGAAAUCUAUCAGCGUUGAGAAAUCGGACAAUAUGGAUAUAUCUAAUUCUCCAUAGAAAUUUUACAAAUUUUUUGAUUACAUACAAAACUCUAAAAUAUUAAGUAAAUCGUAAAACAAAAGAAGUAAAAAAAACUUUUGUCCCAAUUGGGAUUUUUACUAUCUCUCUGUAAAUCUUCCUUUCUCUAAUUAUUCUAUAGCUUCAUCCCCUAAACCAAGUAUAAAGAGACAGAAUUUAGAAUUGAAAA